AGCUAGCUUGAAAGGAAUUAAUGUGAAAUCUAGUUGUACCUCUCCUUGGUAUUUAUCUGUUGUUUACUAGUGAUAUCUCCGGCUGGCAGUUAUGCUUUCCUUCUAAGGGCUUUUUUUUUUUUUUAACAAAAGAAAGCUCUUUUCAUUUGCUGUGCUGCAUGUUCCUGUGUGUGUGUUUACACCAUCGGUUCCUCAACCUCUAGAGAUUAGCAUAACUCCCUUUGCUGUUGGAUUGUUUUGAACAAUAUGUUUUGGAAAGGUUGAUUUUCAUCAUGAGUGUGAAAGAGUUUCUAGCCAAAGCCAAAGAAGACUUUUUAAAAAAGUGGGAAAAUCCUGCUCAGAAUAAUGCCGGACUUGAGGAUUUUGAAAGGAAAAAAACCCUUGGGACAGGUUCUUUUGGGAGAGUCAUGUUGGUGAAACAUAAAGCCACCGAGCAGUAUUAUGCAAUGAAGAUCUUAGAUAAGCAGAAGGUUGUUAAACUGAAGCAAAUAGAGCAUACUUUGAAUGAGAAAAGAAUAUUACAGGCUGUGAAUUUUCCUUUUCUUGUUCGGCUGGAGUAUUCUUUUAAGGAUAAUUCUAAUUUAUACAUGGUUAUGGAAUAUGUCCCUGGGGGUGAAAUGUUUUCACAUCUAAGGAGAAUUGGAAGAUUCAGUGAGCCUCAUGCACGCUUUUAUGCAGCUCAGAUAGUGCUAACAUUUGAGUACCUCCAUUCACUAGACCUCAUCUACAGAGAUCUGAAACCUGAAAAUCUCUUAAUUGACCACCAAGGUUAUAUCCAGGUCACAGAUUUUGGGUUUGCCAAAAGAGUUAAAGGCAGAACUUGGACAUUGUGUGGUACUCCAGAGUAUUUGGCUCCAGAAAUAAUUCUCAGCAAGGGCUACAAUAAGGCGGUGGAUUGGUGGGCACUGGGAGUGCUAAUCUACGAAAUGGCGGCUGGCUAUCCCCCAUUCUUUGCAGACCAACCAAUUCAGAUUUAUGAAAAGAUUGUUUCUGGAAAGGUCCGGUUCCCGUCUCACUUCAGUUCAGAUCUCAAAGACCUUCUAAGGAACCUGCUCCAGGUAGAUUUGACAAAGCGGUUUGGGAAUCUAAAGAAUGGUGUGAGUGACAUAAAAACUCACAAGUGGUUCGCAACGACAGAUUGGAUUGCUAUUUACCAGAGGAAGGUUGAAGCUCCAUUCAUACCAAAGUUCAGAGGUUCUGGAGAUACCAGCAACUUUGAUGACUAUGAAGAAGAAGAUAUUCGUGUCUCUAUAACAGAAAAAUGUGGAAAAGAAUUUGGUGAAUUUUAAAAAUAAGCAGCGAGAUGACAUGAAUGCUCACCCUCAAUCUUUGCACUCUGUUGAGAAAUAAGGUGGAGCUGAGACCGUCCUGUGUUGAAGCAGUUAUCUAGUACCUUCAUCUGAACGAUUGAGCGAGAUCUUUAUUGCCAUCAUCUGUGUGUGCGCUCUGCAUCCACCUCUGUAACAAGGCACCGCUAAGCAAGCAUUGUCUGUGUUGUAGCCCAGUGCUAGACCACUAUCGACUUCUCUCUGGUCUUCUCCAGUCCUGUCGCACACAUUUCUUCCCUUUGCCUUAGUUGAUAUAUAUUUUUUUUCUUUCCAAUCAGUGCUCCAUUUUAGUGUGUGUCUCAAAUGGGCAGUGUUGCGGCUACAUGAUAUUUGAAGGGAUCAAUGUGUUUCUUUUAGUAGUACUUGCCAAUGUUUUUGUUGGUCAGUGAGUUGAGGCAGUCAGUUCUUAAGAUUAUUUUUACUCUGAAUAGUUCUGACUACGUUCUGCCAAAACUAAUGGUAGUUUUCUUUAAGGAUAUAAUUUUAUCACAAAGGAAAUUUAUACAAAUUAAUUUAAACCAAUAACUUCCUUAGAACUCAUUAUUUUGGGGGGAAUGUAUAGACUAGUAGAAUAGCUAGAUGCAGUCGUUUGGAUUCCUAUAGACGCUAAAUUCUCUUUGCCGUCACCUCCUUUCCUGUCAUCCUCCUUGCAGUAAUUAAGUGGCCAGCCUGUGUGAUGUGACACACGUGUCUCUUUCAGCAGGAAAAACCAAUGAUGGAUCAUCCCCCAGAGUGCCUCUCCUGGUCCCAGCAUUUCUGUAGGUAUUAGAGAAGAGUUCUAAGGUUUCUAAACCUACCUGAACUUCUCCGUAAGAGUUGAGUUUUAGCCAGUAUUUUAGAAGGGAUAUCACGAAUGAAAGUGAUGAAGUUUCUAAGAUAGUCUCAUUGUAAACGUUGUAAAGAAAAAUAAAAGGUAGAAAGAAUAUUAGUUUUGAGAAACUUUGCUAUGCCAACAAUUGAUUUGAUUAUUGCAAACAAAUAUUAAGGCCCUCUUUCCAGUGUUUUUUAUUGUUUCGUUUUGCUUUGUUGUGGAGCACUGAAGAACAAGAGAGGCUGUCUGGAGCACUGUGUUCAGCCUACUGUGGGAGUGCUGGGCAGCGUCUCCUCUCUCCCAGGCCAGUCCGUGAAGAAAGGGGGUAACGCUGAUAAAGCUGCCACAGCUGUAUUUCCCUGUUGAGGUGUGAUAUGUUUAGAUAUGUCAUUAUGUCUCAUUUCUUUACUUUCAGUAAACAGAAUGUAUGUUCCUGCAGGUAUAAUUUAGUAUUUGAUCUUUUUUGUUUGCUUGGUUUUUUAAUACUUUUGCCAACUGACUCAAAUAACAUUGCUGUCUUAUGGAAAUUUCAAGCAUUUUUGCACAGUUAGUUCAGUGUUUGUGGAGAAUCCAUGGUUUAACUCAUUUUUCUUACUUUUUUUUUUGCUUUCUUUACUUUUAAUUUUUCUUAUCUCAUUUUAUCUCUGUGUCUCAAUGACCUAUCUUAAAACAGCACACCAAAAUAGUUUGAAAUGCUUAUUUUAAAUGAUCAAUUUACGUGCAUAAAAAUUGUUUUUAAUCAAAGUGAUCAUAUAUAUAACUAUUCUGUUUGCUUCACUGUCAGUGUAGUAGGUCACUGACACUUCAUAUCAUCUUUGUAAAACCUUUGAAGACAAGGAAAAGGCCUGACUGAGAUGUUCUCCCUACCAACCUGUCUUUCUUUUGGUUAUGAAGUGUUUCUAUCCAGUCAUGUCCUAUACAGACUGAUGCUAAUUGCAUUUUGUCCACCUGUAUUUACAAUGUUCAAGAAAAACAAACUCUUUGCUGUAGCAAGCAACAAAGCUAUAAUAUAUAUAUAUAUCAUCAUGUUAAUAAAUUUAAAAUGUCAUUUGUAUAAAAUAUUUUAAUUAAUUUUUUGUAUUACGUGUAGACUCAAGAACAUGCUGAUCGUUGUAUCCUAUCUAUGCUAUAAAUUCUAUGGUAGCUUGGUUGUAUAUUACUGUAAAAUUAUUUUAAUAAAUCAUGAGGAUGACAAUUUGAUUAUUACAUUUUAGUUUUCAGUAAUUGAAAAGAUUUCUAUGAAUUCUAAAAAUAUUUUUUUCUACAAAAUUACUAGUGUCCAGCACAACUUGCUGUAGAAUCUAUGUUAGGUAAUUCAACCCCAGAUGUCCUGCUAUGAGAUUUGACCCCUACGCAGCCACAGGUUUUGAGGGCGAUUCGGUCAUUCCAUUUUACUCUUUGUUGCAGGAUAUGAAUAAGCUUUCAAUUAUGUCAAGGGAGUCUUUCCAACCUAUAAAGUACACAAAAUUAAUUUAUUUAAGUAAAUAAAAUUUCUAAUUUCAGCCACAAUUUAGCCAAGAAUGUUGAUAAAAGCUUGAAUAAAAAAUGCACCACGAAUCAGUAUUUAACUCCAAAUUCAUGAUCAAAAGCAGAAGAACUUGCAUUCGUUAUGCAGUCAGUGCAGACAGAGGAAGGAGCCCCAGACUCCAGGCCGAGACAUUCGAGUGUCACGUCAGGUGUCACUGAGUGUGAUCUUGACUGCAGGGCACUUGUGUCAAAGGGAAGGGUUGGAUUGGGCAGUUUGUAAGGUCCCUUCUAGCUUUCACAUGCUCUGACAAGAUUAUUUUUCAUUUGAUGUUUUGAAGGAGUAGUAUGCUUGAAGUAAGUCACGGUGAGGCAAUAUCUUAGGGCAUCUUCUCUGUAUCUCUGACCGUGUUCUUACAAGUCUUUGAAUAUCAUGAGAACUUAGUGUCUGCUCCAGUUCUUACCAUAUUCACUGAUGCUAAAUACCCAAUGGAUAUCAAAUUGUCAACCUACCAAAAGAUAACUGUGGCUUGUGGGUACUGCUGUCUUGUUUUUGGUAUGUUCUUGUAUUGACUGCCCAUUGGCCUGAGAAAACGCUCAUUGUAAGCCUGACAAAAAAUCAUUUUUCUUUCCACUGUCGGUUUCCCCCCUUUUUUCUGCUUGUAAGAAUCAAAUGAAAUAAUGUAUGUGAAAGCACCUUGUGAACUGUAGCCUAUCAAUGUAAAAUGUUAAGGUGUGUUGUUAUUUCAUUAAUUAUUUCUUGUUCAGAAUGACAUUUCCUAUGCCCACUACUAUAGCUAGGAAAUGCUGAAAAAAGCUGUGUUUUUUAAUUAAUCAAUAAAUGCAAAAUUAAAGUAUCUUCGAAGGAUAAAAUAA